UCAGCCACUGAGUUCUCACCCCACCCCCUUUUGUCUCCAUUUGUGUUGAUAGGAACCCUAAAUCUCUUGAAAACCCAAAGGGAUUCAUGGCCUCUUCUCAACCUCAAAUCUUCUUCCUCUGCAACUUUUAUUACACCCCAAAUACUCCACCAAAUCCCACUCAUAGUUUCUCAGGCCCUCUUGUCUCCAACUUUUAUCACUUUCGAAACUCUAAUUGUCUACCAAACCCUUGUAGCUGUUUUGCAGGCACUAUCUUGUGCCACUUUUGUUGCGGUUCAGAGUUUUAUUCACCACCAAACGCCAUUAAGUUCUUCUCAGGCGUUAGCUUGAGCUUCUUUAACGGAGGAUACGAUGGAUACAAGGCGCAAAAACUCGAGCAGUCAGCUCUUAGAAGAGAUCGAAGCACUGAGCAGUUCGCUUUACCAGUCUCAUCGCAACAGAAGGGCCGCCUCCUUGUCUUUGCCUUCGACGGAUAUUGUUGGUUUUCAAGCUGAAGAGAAAAUGGCAGAUUCUAGAGAGAGGAUGGGGAUUUUUCACAAGAGCUUGGAUCCCCAUGGUGAAAACCUUGACAGAGAGGAGAAAACUGAUGGGGUGGCGAUUUUGCAUCCUAGCUCUGAUCAAGGGGGGCGAAAGCAUAGGUCUUCGACUUCAAUUGUGGUUUCGUUGAAUACAGAGGAGAAGGAGAAAGCAGCUGUCAAAGGCCGAUCAAGGCGUACGUCUUUGAGUCCAUGGAGGUCUAGGCCAAAGCCUGAGCAAGAGGAGGAGAAAGAGGAAUCAAAAGUCUCUGACCAGAGCAACUUGGCAUCAAAGCUCGAUGGAGCUGCAGAGAAGAAGAAGGGGAUAUGGAAAUGGAAACCUGUGAGAGCUUUGUCUCACAUGGGAAUGCAGAAAUUUAGCCUCUUGUUCUCUGUCGAGGUGGUCACAAUCCAGGGCCUCUCGUCUUCCAUGAAUGGCCUUCGAAUGGUUGUCAGGGUUAGGAAGCAGGAAACCAGAGAAGGAGCUGUUCAGACCAUGCCAGCUAGGGUUUUGCAGGGUUGUGCUGAUUUCGAAGAGACGCUAUUCAUUAAAUGCCAUGUUUAUGGUAGUGGCAAAUCUGGGGGUCCAAGGUUCGAGUCCAGGCUCUUUUUGGUUUAUGCAGUGGCAGUCGAUGCAGAAGAGCUCGAUUUUGGGAGGAAUUGCAUUGAUUUGAGUCUUCUGGUUCAGGAAUCCCUGGAGAAAAGCUUUAAUGGUGGGAGAGUUAGGCAAUGGGAUGCUAAUUUCCCACUCUCUGGUAAGGCCAAAGGUGGGGAGCUUGUAUUGAGGCUAGGAUUUCAGAUAAUGGAGAGAGAUGGUGGGAUUUUCAGUCAAAUGGAGAGUUCUCGGUCAGAGAGAAUGGGUAAUUCUCUUUCUUCUUAUUAUGCUCGAAAGCAAUCAAAGAACUCGUUCAGUGUAUCGAGCCCUAGUCAUGGAAGCCCACGAAUUAACAGGUCCUCUGAAGCUUCAACCCCAUCUCAAAAUCCUAAUUUGAUUGAAUACCCACCAAUCGAACACCUAAAUCUUGAUGAACCUAAACCUUCUGAACAAAAUUCACAGACCCAAGAAGAUGAUAACACUGAUAAUGGUGAUGAUAUGCCUGAAUUUGAUGUUGUGGAGAAAGGGAUUGAAAUCCCAAAGGGCAGCGAAGAAGUCACAGACAAAGCUAGUGUAGAAGGGGAUGAUGGGCUCUCAGACAAAGGUUCAGGAUCAAGCGAGGUAGUGAAGGAAGUGGUUGUUCAUGACCCAUUGCACCAGUACAGGCUCAAUGAGUUAGACUCCAUAGCAAAACAGAUUAAAGCUUUGGAGUCCAUGUUUGGAGAAGGCCCUACUGAGGUGCCUGAUACUUCUUCUCAGGGGUUAGAUGCAGAUGAAGAGACAGUAACGCUAGAAUUCUUGCAAAUGCUUGAGGAGGAAGAAAAGGAUUUGAAGCUUCAAUUUCAGGAUAUUCCCAUACUCCAACUUGAAGGAGAAGAUGAACAAGAAAACCCAGUAACUUUCUUGCCUGAUUUGGGCAAAGGUUUGGGUCCAGUUGUUCAGACAAAGGAUGGAGGUUUCCUAGCUUCAGUGAAUCCAUUAAACCUUGAAAUCCCAAGACAAGAAGCCCCAAAACUAGCAAUGCAGGUCUCAAAGCCAUUUGUCUUGCCAGUUAGUCCUGGAACCACUGGUUUUGAGGUGUUGCAAAAGAUGGCAGCCAUGGGAGUGGAGCCCUUGAUUUCCCAAGCUAUGGCUCUUAUGAGCAUGGAUGAUAUAACUGGGAAAACAGCUGAGCAAGUGGCUUUUGAAGGCAUAGCAUCAGCCAUUAUAAGUGGGCGAAACAAAGAAGGGGCGAGCUCCAGUGCGGCUCGAUCAAUUGCAUCAGUGAAGAAGCUAGCAAAUGCCAUGUCUGCGAGCCGAAAAGAGAGAAUAACCACCGGAAUAUGGAACUCAGGUGAAGAACCCGAGCCCCUCAAGGGCCUGAUAGGAAUGGCCAUUCAAAAAAUUGAGGCCAUGGCAUUAGAAGGCCUAAAGAUACAAGCUGAAAUAGCAGAAGAAGAACCACCAUUCGAUGUAUCCCCACUAAUUGGAAAAGGGUUCCAAAAUCUACCAGGUCAGGUUCUCUCAGAGGCCAUAUGCUUAACAGAGUGGACCAAUAAAGUUGACCCAAAUGGUGGCCUUGUCACUUUAGUGGUCCUUGUUAUUCUUCGAGACCCAGUUCGAAGGUUCGAGCAAGUGGGUGCACCAUUCAUUGUGUUGGUUCAAGCCACUAGCCACGGAUACGAUGAGGAUGGACCGAAACUCAAGGUCGGGAGUGUUCAUUUAGGGGGGUUGAAGGUGAGGCAGGUGGGUGCGGGCAAACGCCAUGUUUGGGAUUCAGAGAGACAGAGGCUUGGAGCUGCUCAAUGGCUUGUGGCUAACGGAUUGGGAAAGCAACGGAAGGGAAAACCAAAACAGGGGCAAGGGGUGAAAGGUCAGGACUUGAUGUGGAGCAUCUCGGCACGUGUAGUGGCUGAUAUGUGGCUUCAGCCAACGCGCAAUCCAGAGGUCAAGUUCCCCAAAGUCCCAUCUUUGUAAGCUAGUUAAGCUUGCUUUCGGGGUUUAAUUGUUGCAGGUCUGCAACUUACCUCUGAUUUCAUUAGGCUUUCUAUUGAGAGCAUAUAUGUGUUUAUUUGGUUAUAUAUAUAUAAUUUGAAAGUACUUUUACAUGACAUGUAGUAGUGGGUCUUAUUGGCUAUAUAUAUGCAGUUUCUUUAGCAUAGUUUUUUAUUGGCAUUUUGGUACAUUUUAUCCCCUUUUUUGUAAAUCUGAUGCUGACUUUCUAUUUUAAUUAUCAUUUUCUUGUAUUUGCGGAGACUACAAGGAUAAUCUAAAUAAAGAAGAAAUUUUGUGUAGA